AUGUCAGGAAUGCCCGGAGGUGAGGUUUGGAGGUGUGGUAGCUGUCACUCCCCCAACUCCCCUCUCCACAGGAUGUGUACUAGCUGUAAGAAGUGGCGUGACCUUGACUGGAGUUGUGUGAUGUGUGGUUAUAAGAACUUCUCUAAAAGAGAUACGUGUAAGGAGUGUGGGGCCGGUCACGUGCCCGAGUUUAACAAGGAGGAAGGUAACUAUAAUGUUAGUAACCAUGGCAACUAUAGUAACCAUGGUAGUGUUUAUCAGGAGGUUGACGAGGCAGGAGGUUACCAGGACCCGCACUCAGUGCCAGCUCAACCCUCCUUUCAGGCUGGAAUCCUUGAUACCCCUUACCAGGCGCCCGUAGAACCCCCCUACCAGGAGCAAGGUGAACUCCCGUGGAUGUGUGGGAUGUGCAAUACGGAGAACACCCCCAAGAGAAUCCUCUGUUUCGAGUGUUCGGGACACAGAGAGAGAGUAGAGGUCAGGAACAGAGCCGCGGAGAAUCGCAGGCACAGCCUCCCUCCUCCCUUUCUCUCCCCUCACAGGGAUGUGAGUAGAGUUCAGUACCACCAGGGAGGAGCUGUUGAGGACCAAACUCUGGACUGGCUGUGCUCCAACUGCAAUAACCGGAACUUUGCUAAGAGGACGAAUUGUAACGUCUGUAAGAAGGAGAGGGAUGAGGUAGAGAUGAGAAGAGAGGUUCCGCCCUGGAUAGAACCCUCACUGAGUAUCUCUCACAUAAGAGACCAGCCGCGUCACGGUUCAUCCUCCAGUAUUCCACUUGAGAGGCCUGAGGACAAAACUAAAGACUGGUCCUGCUCUGGCUGCAGCAACAGGAACUUCGCCAAACGACAAGAGUGCAACAGAUGCAAGAAGCCUCGAGCAGAAGUGGAAGAUAAGACGGUGGACUACGCUUGCGAAGAGACUCCCUCCCUGAAGAGGGGUCCUGACCCAUUUAUUAGAGCUCCAGUAAAAGCCCCGAGAUACGGUCCCAUCCCCCAAAGAUACAGUCUCACCCCUCCAAAACAGGACUUUUAUCCGCAAAGACAAAGUGUCAUGCCUCCGAGACACGGUCCCACUCCUCGUCAGGAGGACUUAUCUAACGACUGGGUGUGCGGGAAAUGUAAAAUUAACUGCUUUGCCAAGAAGACAAACUGCUUCAGAUGUGGAAAGCCCCGCUCAGAAGUGGAGAACAGAGAGGCAGAUUUGAGGGAGUUUGACAGGCCGGUGGUCAGCUAUCCAGCUCCACCUGUCUCCAGACCUCAACAGCACAACCUCUCCGGACACAACCUCCGUCUUAACACGGGCUCCUCCUGGAACCACCACCCUCCAGCCCCCUUGGAGCAGAAACGCAAAUGGGUGGACGAAGACAAGGCUAACGAUUGGAAUUGCAAGCUCUGUAAAAUAAACAACUUUGCAAAGAGAAAGUCUUGUUUUUCGUGCAAUAAGAGCAGAGGAGAGUGUGAAGAGAGAAACGAGAAGUCAGAUAACGUAAAAGUUGGUUCUGAGACAGAGGUUACAAAUCUAGUCGAGGGAGCAGGGGACUGAGCUCAGCUAGUGGUUUAAUAUUUUGGACAUUAAUUCAUACGUUUACUUUUUCAUAAUUACAGAAUACAGUUGCAUAAAUAUGCCGUUGACUUAUGCGCUAUUUUUAGAACUGGUUGUUAGCAAAACGAAGUUUAUUUUCAUUGAUAACCUUGAGCAUGAAUAUUGAAGUGUAUGAUAUUUAUUUCGUAUCCUUUCAGUGAUUCUACCUCUUUGUUUUAAUACCGGGAAUUCAUUAAUAAUAAAUAAAUUUACGAAUAUUUCCCUCAGAAUUAGUGCCGUAAUGUCA